CAAUAAUGAAUGUGAAUAAACAAUAAAGCGCCACUGUAACCCAACACGGCUCUGUGAUUUGGGAUUUAUAAUAUAUAGGCCAUCUUCUCACAGUCUUCCGCACUGAGCCGCUACUCGCGCGCGUCACAGUCUAUUGUGAGCGGCGGCGCGCGGCGCGUGCAGGGAGAAUCGCGGGAGCACCGAACGCUAGAGCCACGGUCGCGUUAUCAGAACCUCACGAGCUCAACAAUUGAACUGGAUCGGUGUGCGUAAGGAGGAUUUGCCUUGCUGUCACAAUGUGUGCACCGUGUUGUUUGUCUCAGCUGGCCUGCUGCUGUGGAUCGGCUGCCUGCUCCCUGUGCUGCGGCUGCUGUCCCAAGAUCAAACAGUCCACCUCCACACGCUUCAUGUACGCCCUCUUCUUCAUGUUGGUCACGGUAACCUGUGUCAUCAUGAUGUCCCCCACUGUGGAGACAGCAAUGCGAGAACAUAUUCCUUUCUACACUGACAUGUGUAAUAAGCUGAAUGCGGGGGAGAACUGCAGUACUCUAGUGGGCUAUUCAGCUGUGUAUAAAGUCUGUUUCGGCAUGGCCUGCUUUUUCUUCUUAUUCUCUGUGUUCACCAUUCGUGUGCGAACCAGCACAGGAUGCCGGGCAGCUGUUCACAACGGGUUUUGGUUCUUUAAGUUCGUGGCUUUGCUGGCCUGCUGUGCAGGCGGAUUUUUUCUCCCAAAUCAAGAAAAGUUUCUAGAAGUCUGGCGUUAUGUGGGGGCUGCUGGAGGUUUUCUCUUCAUCAUCAUCCAGUUGAUGCUUCUCGUUCAGUUUGCCCACAGAUGGAAUCAAAACUGGAGCUCAGGAGUCAAGUAUAAUAAAGUCUGGUAUGCAGCGCUGGCUCUGGUCACACUGGUGCUGUUCUCCGUGGCGGUGGGAGCUUUGGUGUUUAUGAUCAUGUUCUACACCGACCCAGAGGCCUGCUUCCUCAACAAGCUCUUCCUGGGUGUCAACGGUGGCCUGUGCUUCGUCGUGUCUCUGCUGGCUAUCUCGCCCUGCAUUCAGACCUUUCAGCCCACCUCAGGUCUGCUGCAGUCCGCGAUCAUCUCCGUCUACGUCAUGUACCUCACCUUCUCCGCACUCGCCAGCAAACCCAUUGAAAUGGUGGAGCGAAAUGGAAAAAAUGCCACUGUCUGCGUCUUUCCCUACAAAUCAGGACAGCAGAGCGACACAAACAUAGUGACGGGCGUCGGAACAGCCAUACUGUUUGGCUGUAUACUCUAUUCUUGUUUGAUCUCUACCACCAAGAGGAGCUCAACAGCAUUGCAGGUGUACAGGAACGAUAUGCCUGAAAAUGAGAGAGCACGAUGCUGCUUCUGCUGUGUUGACGAUACCGAGGACUAUGAUGAUGAGAAGACUGCUGGAGGGCAGAAUGUGAAGUAUGAUGAGAAAGAAGGCACAAUCUACAGCUACUGCUAUUUCCAUUUUGUUUUCUUUCUCGGCUCCCUCUACGUCAUGAUGACUGUAACCAACUGGUUUCAUUAUGAGAACGCAAAGAUCGAGAGGCUGCUGGAUGGGAGCUGGUCAGUGUUCUGGAUCAAGAUGGCAUCCUGUUGGGUCUGUUUAUUUCUGUACAUGUGGACCCUGGUGGUCCCCAUGCUCUUCCCAAAGAGAUUCCAAGCCUAGAAACCUUUCACACAUGAUCCGGUAUCACCACUGUCCAGUUAAAACUACUGUGUGUUUGUGUGUGUGUGUGUGUGUGUGUGUGUGUGUGUGUGUGUGUGAGAGAGAGAGAGAGAGUUUUGUUUGGUUUUAAUGUUUUUUGUUUGUUUUUUUAUAGUUUUACUAUAGUAAUGGCUUUUGAUUUCUCAAAAGCUGCUUACGUUUUGUCUUUAAAUACGUUUUCAUGGAAAUUUGUUACAGAAAUCAUGUCACGGUUAGUCCCACGCUGAUGUAGGGCUCUUUUUUUCCUCAUAACAUGAAGGUAUAAAAACAAAGCAUUGCUCAGGCUCACACAUUACCUGCAAGUGUCUUGCUUGUUACGCUUUUAUUUUGGUAGCUGAAGAAUUCUAUGCAAAUCAACAAACCAUCUGUGAUUUUCAUUCAUUUAUUUGUCUGCCUUUUUGAAAGGUCUUCAAAUGUGUUUUAUAGUUGUAUUUCACAUCAAGGGUGUUUCACUAACGUAACAAGACUUCCUAUUUGAGUAAAUGUACAUAUUUAUUUAAUAGAGAUCUCUUCUCAUUAGUUAGGAAAGUGCUGCCUUGCAAAACCAGAACACUACACCACCAGUUGCACUCGUGGAAACAUGAUCAAAACCAGCUGAAAAAUGACUGUGCAAGAUUAUCCCUGUACAUACAUGUGAAUAAAUGGACUCAUAUGAGAUGUCAUGUUACUGCAUUUAUUGAAGCACCCUAAUAACUUCCUUAUAAAAC